AUGCGGAGGGGCCGCGGCCGGUGGGCUUGGCUGCCCCUGCUGCCCCUGCUGCUGCUGCUGGGCCUGGCUCGGGGCAGCGGCGAGUACUGCCACGGCUGGCUGGACGGGGCGGGCUGGCGGGAGGGCUUCCAGUGCCCCGAGCACUUCGACGACGGCGACGCCACCAUCUGCUGCGGCACCUGCGCCCUGCGCUACUGCUGCGCCCGAGCCGAGGCCCGCCUGGACCAGGGCGGCUGCGACAACGACCGGCAGCAGGGGGGAGCCGAGCACGGCCGGCCCGACAAGGACGGCCCCGACGGCGCGGCAGUGCCUAUCUACGUGCCAUUCCUUAUCGUCGGGUCUGUUUUCGUCGCCUUCAUCAUCUUGGGCUCCCUGGUCGCUGCUUGCUGCUGCCGAUGCCUGCGGCCCAAGCAAGAACCUCAGCAGAGCAGAGCUCCCGGAGGUAACCGGAUGAUGGAGACCAUUCCCAUGAUUCCAAGCGCCAGCACCUCCCGAGGGUCCUCCUCGCGUCAAUCAAGUACUGCUGCCAGCUCCAGUUCCAGCGCCAACUCGGGGGCCAGGGGCCCCCCUACCAGGUCACAAACCAACUGCUGUUUACCAGAAGGGACCAUGAAUAAUGUAUACGUCAACAUGCCCACGAAUUUUUCAGUACUGAACUGCCAGCAGGCUACACAGAUAGUGCCGCACCAAGGACAGUAUUUGCACCCACAGUAUGUUGGAUACGCCGUGCAACAUGACUCCCUGCCCCCCGUCCCGCCUUUUCUGGACGGUCUGCAAAGCGGAUACAGGCCAAUUCAGUCUCCUUAUCCCCAUAGCAAUAGCGAACAGAAGAUGUACCCAGCAGUGACUGUAUAACUUGAAAGGGGAGGGGGGAAUAAA